AUGAAUGGACCAGUGGAUGGCCUGUGUGAUCAUUCUCUAAGUGAGGAAGGAGCAUUCAUGUUCACAUCGGAAUCUGUAGGAGAGGGGCACCCGGAUAAGAUCUGCGACCAGAUCAGUGAUGCAGUGCUGGAUGCCCACCUCAAGCAGGACCCCAAUGCCAAGGUGGCCUGUGAGACGGUGUGCAAGACGGGCAUGGUGCUUCUGUGCGGGGAGAUCACCUCUGUGGCCAUGGUGGACUACCAGCGUGUGGUGCGGGAGGCCAUCAAGCACAUCGGCUACGACGACUCUGCCAAGGGCUUUGACUUCAAGACCUGCAACGUGCUGGUGGCUUUGGAGCAGCAGUCCCCGGAUAUCGCCCAGUGUGUCCACCUGGACAGAAAUGAAGAGGAUGUCGGUGCCGGCGAUCAGGGCCUGAUGUUUGGCUAUGCCACGGAUGAGACGGAAGAGUGCAUGCCCCUCACCAUCAUGCUGGCUCACAGACUCAACGCCCGCAUGGCAGAGCUGCGGCGCUCAGGGCAACUCCCCUGGCUGCGGCCUGACUCCAAGACACAGGUGACAGUGCAGUACCGGCAGGACAACGGCGCGGUCAUCCCUAUGCGUGUCCAUACCAUCGUCAUCUCCGUGCAGCACAAUGAAGACAUCACACUGGAGGACAUGCGCAGAGCCCUGAAGGAGCAGGUGAUCAGGGCGGUCGUGCCAGCACAGUACCUGGACGAGGACACCAUCUACCACCUGCAGCCCAGUGGGCGGUUUGUCAUCGGAGGCCCCCAGGGGGAUGCCGGUGUCACUGGCCGAAAGAUCAUCGUGGACACCUAUGGCGGCUGGGGGGCACACGGCGGAGGUGCCUUCUCUGGGAAGGACUACACCAAGGUGGACCGCUCGGCGGCGUACGCUGCCCGCUGGGUGGCCAAGUCCCUGGUGAAGGCAGGGCUCUGCCGGAGGGUGCUGGUGCAGGUGUCCUAUGCCAUUGGUGUGGCUGAGCCACUGUCUAUUUCCAUCUUCACCUAUGGAACCUCCCAGAAGACAGAGAGAGAGCUGCUGGAUGUGGUCAGUAAGAACUUCGACCUUCGGCCUGGUGUCAUCGUCAGGGACUUGGACUUGAAGAAACCCAUCUACCAGAAGACGGCGUGCUACGGCCACUUCGGGAGAAGCGAGUUCCCUUGGGAAGUUCCCAAGGAGCUUGUAUUUUAG